UAAAAUACAAUUAAAUUGUGUUGCAACGUGAGAAAAUGUUCCGCUCUGCGGUCCCACACGGAGCGGCACACCUGGUUCUCCUGCAGCCGCAGACAUUCACAUGACGCCCCGCACCGGAGCAGCUGAGUGGGUGUCGGCAGGUGGAGCUCCGCCACCCCAUUCAAACCUGCAGGAGGGUCCAGGACUACCUCAGAGAAACGCGCUCAGCCACUCACUCCGUACUCGCGCACCGACCUCACCCGCACGUGGACACACGGCGGUGUUCCAGAAGCGCUCGAGCUCCGGUGAGAGUUGAGAGCGCGUCAAGGAGCGCGCGCGCGCGCGCACGGUGUUGAACAGCCAGCGGGACUGACCGGACGGGUUCGUGUCGGCUCAGCUGGAGGAGCUCCCUCUGCUUUUAUCCGCUUCUUUUAUUUGUUUUUUUUGUUUGAAUUCCGGUUCCUAACAUGGGGUUCUGACAGCAGCCGGGCUGCGGGCGCCGUCGGCUCCUCCUGACCGGAAAAUGAAGCGUCUCUGUCGGAGGCUGGCGGUGGCCGUGGCGGUGCUGGUGUGGCUGGGAGCGCUGGUUUACCUGCUGGUGCUGAGUCGGAGGAAGUUACCGGAGCUCGGUGCGGGAGCUGGAGCAGCAGCCGGAGGCGGAGAGACGGGGAACAACCAGAUUUCCGAUGCGGAGUGGGAGGACAUGUUGGAGGGCUUUGACGAGCGGAGUUACCUGAACGCUCGGCGCUGGAAACCCGGCGACGAUCCGUACACGUUGUACGCCUUCAACCAGAGAGAGAGCGAACGCAUCCCCAGCGACCGAGCGCUGAGAGACACGCGCCACUACAGGUGCAGCGCUCUUCACUACGACUCAGAUCUUCCUGCAACAUCCAUCAUCAUCACCUUCCACAACGAGGCCAGAUCCACGCUGCUGCGCACCAUCAAGAGUGUGUUGAAUCGGACACCAGUUCAUCUAAUCCAUGAGAUCAUCCUGGUGGACGACUUCAGCAACAACGAAAGCGACUGCCAGCUUCUCACCAAACUGCCUAAAGUCAAAUGUCUUCGCAACAACAAGAGAGAAGGCCUGAUCCGGUCCAGAGUGCGAGGGGCCGACGCAGCCAGGGCCAAAGUCCUGACCUUCCUGGACAGCCACUGUGAGGUCAACAAAGACUGGCUGCCCCCCCUGCUGCAGAGGAUCAAACAGGAUCCGACUCGUGUGGUCAGCCCUGUCAUCGACAUCAUCAACAUGGACACCUUCGCCUAUGUGGCGGCCUCAGCGGACCUCCGUGGAGGGUUUGACUGGAGUCUCCAUUUUAAGUGGGAGCAGUUAACAGCGGAGCAGAAAGCACGCCGGACCGACCCGACCCAGCCGAUCAAUGUGUGUGUGUGCGCAGAGAUCUCGUUCCGGGUCUGGCAGUGCGGCGGCAGUCUGGAGAUCCUGCCCUGCAGCAGAGUCGGUCACGUCUUCAGGAAGAAACACCCGUACGUUUUCCCUGAAGGCAACGCCAACACCUACAUCAAGAACACACGGCGCACAGCGGAGGUCUGGAUGGACGACUUCAGUCUGUUUUACUACUCGGCCCGACCGGCGGCACGAGGGAAAUCCUACGGAGACAUUCGAGGCAGAGUCGAACUUCGGAAGAAGCUCAAGUGCAAAUCCUUCAAGUGGUACUUGGACAAUGUGUACCCCGAGCUCAAGGUCCCAGACGACUCGGACUCCCAGUCAGGUGUGAUCCGACAGCGGCAGAACUGCCUGGAGUCCCGUCGGGUCGAGGGCCAGGAGAUGCCUGUCCUCACACUGGGCCCCUGCGCAGGAGCAGAGGCGGGCCCCAGCAGCAGUCAGGAGUGGGUGUACACUCACGGCCAGCAGAUCCGUCAGCAGCAGCACUGCCUGUCGCUGUCGACCACCUUCCCUGCAUCGCAGGUCCUCAUGCUGCCCUGCAACAUGGCGGACGGGAAGCAGCGGUGGCAGAAAUCAGGGACUCACUUGGAGCACAUCGUGUCUCGGUUCUGCCUGGACUCGGAGAUGGCUCUGGACGGCAUGGACUCGUCCCGCAUGCUGGUCAUCAGCCCCUGCGAACUGAGCGCCUACACACAGAGAUGGGAAGUUCCCUUCUCCUGACCUCGUGACCCCGGGCCUCCAGAAACCUGCUUUAUCACUCCGACUCUCCACCGGCGAGAGCUUUGGCCCAGCGCUGCACUUCCACUGACCGCAGCAGCAGGAGCGACGUCAGCACCGAGCUGAAGAUUACCGCACAGAAACAUGACGAAGACGAGUCGAAGGGCUGGAACAUGGUGGAAACCACAGAGGAUCAGACGGAUGCAUGGAAAACGUGGGUCAAAUUAAAGAGUUUGAAACUAAGUGCACCUUAAAACUGCCAAAGCUGGGCAGAAACUUUUCACAAUGAGGGAAAAAAAUAACGUCUAAUUAUUAUUUACAUCUAACAUGUUUCUUCUUCAAGCUGUUAAAUCAUCAGAAAAAUUUAAAGGAAGCACAAAUCAUGUUUAGCACAUAAGUCAUCAUCAUUAACAGUGCAGAUGUGUUUCCUGUUGAAUUCAGCAGGAACGACCAAGACCUCGUCAGAAUAAAAGCCUUUCAGGCCGGGCGAUAAGUAUUCCAACAUUUAAUCUAAGUUUGAGAUUAUUUUACAUAAUGUACUUUCAAAUGCAUUUUUCUGCAAAAAAAAUUAAACCCAAAACUAUGUGAAAGUUGGCACAAAUUAGCAUUUUAUUAUUGCUUCAUCACUUCCUGUUUUGCCAGCACUUUAAGUCGUUUUUGUCGUGUUUUCUAGAUUCUUUUGUUAACCAAUUUUCUGGUACAGAUCAAACAUUUCAGAUCAGCUGAAUAUUAUCUUGAACAAAAUGCUCUAAAGUAUUUCUGCAUCGUUGUGUAUUAAUGUCAGUUUGCAAGGUGCUGGCUUUUGAAGAAGUUGGGUCGUUCUCAUUAAAACAUCAGUCAAAAUAGGUAUUUUGACUUUUCAAACCAAAUAAUGUUUUAUUGCCUGAAAGCUUUACAUGACCUAAUCUUCAUGUUGAUUCUUCAUUGUGUGCAAAUUGUUUCAUUCUUUACAUUAUCUAGAUGUUUCCUCUCAUGUAGCCACAGAAUCCCAGAUGUAAAACAUCUGGCAGGCGAAACGAAGGCUACAUUUUAUUUCUAACCAAACUAACAGGAAACAGAUUAUUGCUGAUGAAAUUCAAACCUUCAGCCUUCGGUUCAUAAAGAUGAUGAUCCCGGUUUUCCUGUUUCUGUCAUCUUGAGAAUCUAAACGGAUAAAGUUACUGCUGAGCUACAAAAUGUUCCUCCACUUCCCUCACUGUUUUCUCACUUCAUCACGUGUUUGACAUCUGCAGCUGCAUCAUCUUGAUAUCCUCUCCGAUUCCUGAAUAAAGUUUUAUAAUUCCUCUUUC